UCGAUCGAGCGAGCGCUUUCGCGUGUCCGACAGCUUUGUAGCCAAAUGAACGAAUUCCAGACGUCAUGCGAGCGCUUGUACGGCAGACUGCAGUCUCUUUUCAAGGAAAUUCUAUCAGCGCAGCAGCGACCGCUUGCCACCCGCGAGUCACUUGUCAGGUACGCGAAGAUAUUGUCCCUGUACCAGCGCUUCCUCGUUUGCCACCGAGCGAAAGGCUUCGUCCAUCGAGUUAUUGCGCACCAAACUCUGGUGGGCGAGCUACGCCGGCUGAACGAAGACGUGUCGGUGCUGUUCAACUCGAUGGGUAUCGAGCCGCACACAGACUGGCAGGACCCGGUUGAAAAAGAUUCCAGAGUACUCUCUGUUAUGACUAGCGACACCUCUGCCGUCCUCCAUGAGCUCCAAGAACCACGAGCUCAGGUCGAAGCUUGGCUGACCCUGAAGUUUGAGGUGGAG